AUGAAGUCCUACGCCGGUCUUCUGUUGAGCUUCGGCGCUCUUGCAGCGGCCGCCCCUGCACCUCAAGUCACCCUUACACCAUUGAGCGUUCCAGCUCCCCCACUACGCAGCAGCGAGGUGACGGGUCCGACUUCCCACGGCCCAUACAGCGGUCCAGCACCGACAGUCACUGGUGCUUUGUCGGCACCUGCAGCUGCUCUGUCAGCGGCACCUGGAGGUCUUCCACCUGUCACCUAUACCAACAACAACGGGUUGCUGCAGGCUGGAUACGAACCAGUUCCAUAUCAGCCGGCUGGCGGUCAGGGCACGAACGGGACCAUUCCGUACUAUCACCCGCUGUCGGACUUCGACUACGAGUCUUUGACGCUCGCACUGUACCAGGAAUGGAUUGAGCUCGAUCUCUUCCACAAUGGUCUUGCUCGAUUCUCCGUCGCAGAUUUCGAGGCUGCCGGACUGACUGCUGAGGAUCGUUUCUUGAUCCAGUUCAUGGCGGAUCAGGAGACCGGGCAUGCAACUCUGCUCAGUAACAUCCUGGGACCUGCGGCACCUCCCCAGUGCACGUACAACUACCCCUUCACGAAUGUCCGGGAAUUCAUCGACUUCAACCAGAAGUUGACUCGCUUUGGCGAGAGCGGUGUCUACGGUUUCCUCGGCCACUUGGACUCCCGCGAAUCCGCAACCCUGCUUUUGGAAUCCAUCGUCACAGAGGCUCGCCAGCAGAUGAUUUUCCGCCAGUUCAAUGGACUGUUCCCCAUGUCGCUGUGGUUCGUCCCGGGCAUCCCGCAGUCAUGGGCAUGGACGCUUCUCGCGCCCUACAUCUCAAGCUGCCCUGCCAACACCACCCGCUUGGCGUGGCAGAACUUCCCACCCCUCACCAUCGUCAAUCAGCCCAACCCCGCGAAGAUCAAUCCCAACAUUGGUCCUGUGGAUAACACUACUGGUUCAGAUCCGCUCAGCACCAGCGGCAUCCAGAACAGCAACCUGUGCGCGAGCAGCAACAACGAGGCUGAAGACUGCGGUCCCGCCAUCAGCCAGAACAAGUCUAUCCCGCUUUCAUACCCUGGCAGACCCAUCCAGCUCUCGUGGGGUAAUGUCAAUCAGACUGUCGGGCCCAACAACAGCUACGUGACGUCGCGCAGUCCUCUUGCCGACGCUCCUCGCUACGCGCUGUUUGUCUCGCAGCUUAACGCGACGUACGUGCCUCUUGUCAAUAUUAGCGGCAAUACUGGAUUUGUCGUCCAGCCGAAUGCCUCGGUGUUCAUGAACGACCCGGCUGUCAACGACACCAGCUUCAUCGCUGUGACCAGCCAGGAUCCAUACGUCACUCCGUUCAAUUUGUCUCUGGUGAACCCGUAA